CCGGGUUAGAAGCCCUUGAAAGGAUCUCUGCGAUCUCGAGGAGCAGGGUGUGCGGGCAUCCCUCCUCUCCGCCCGGGGCGCCCAGUGCGUGGACCCAGGAGGCCCGGGGCAUCUCCGCACCACGCAGAAUCCGGGCGCUCCACGCCCUCCUCCAGACCGACGUCCGCUCGUCGCCCCGCCCGCCGCCCGGAACGAGGCCGAGGCCGAGGCGGAGGCCGACGCCCGAGACCCUGCUGAGCCGUCUCCUGUCGCGGCCAUGAACCAGCGCCAGGCAGCCGCCCGCCUGCGCGUCGUGCUGGGACACCUCGGCCAGACCUCCGCCAGGACCGGCGUAGCUUACCCCACUUCGGGAGCUGUGUCUCCAAACAGCUUCCAUCCUCCACAAUUCCAGUAUACUCAGGAUAAUGAUGUCCUAAGCCUAGAACAGAGAAAAUUUUAUGAAGAAAAUGGGUUUCUUGUCAUUAAAAGUUUGGUGUCUGACCCGGACAUUCAACGCUUUAGGGACCAGUUUGAAAGGAUCUGCAGAGGGGAGGUGAAACCAAAACAAAUGAUAAUAAUGAGAGAUGUGUCCAUUGCAAAAUCAGAAUAUAUUCCAAGUGAAAGGAUGAUUUCAAAGAUCCAAGACUUCCAAGAAGACAAGGAACUCUUCAGAUACUGCACUCUCCCUGAGAUUCUGAAAUAUGUGGAGUGCUUCACUGGACCCAAUAUUAUGGCCAUGCAUGCAAUGCUUAUAAACAAACCUCCAGAUUCUGGCAAGAAGACAUCCCGCCAUCCCUUGCACCAGGAUCUGCACUACUUCCCCUUCAGGCCCAGCAAUAAAAUUGUCUGUGCUUGGACAGCCAUGGAGCACAUCGACAGGAACAAUGGCUGUCUGUGUGUGUUCCCAGGCACACACAAAGGCUAUCUGAAGCCACACAAUUAUCCCCAAUGGGAGGGGGGCGUGAACUUAAUGUUCUAUGGGAUCCAGGACUAUGAUGAAAACAGCCCCCGCGUGCACCUCGUGAUGGAGAAAGGAGACACCGUUUUCUUUCAUCCUUUGCUCAUCCACGGAUCUGGCUGGAACAGAACUCAAGGAUACCGCAAGUUUUUGAACUACUUUAUUUGGGAAAAGAUGAACCCCUACAAAAAGACUUAAAAAUGCAUAUAUGGCAAUUUCCUGCCAUUUCGCCAGUGCUGACUGCCACUACAUCGAUGUGAAAGGCACCAGUCAAGAAAUCGUU